UGGCUAAGAAAGGACGAAAUUCGAAGUUACGUUCAUCAAGUCGUACUGGCCAAGACGUGUUCUCAAUCACAAUAGAGGAAACUACAUCUGCACGUGAAUCACGUGACUCCACUCGGCCAAAGAAAACAGUCUCAUUUUUCCAUGAUUUACAACUUGCAAAAAUGUAUGUAGUUGUAGUUUUCUCUACCAUCCUCCUAAAUCUACCAAAUGCGCUAGUUUUAGCUUUGUUUAGUGAGCGAGUCGAGACUGUAGAUGGAGUAGUUCAAGCUAAAAUCUGGACACUAACAUUGGUUGCAAUGAAUUCCACAUUUAAUUCACUUGUUUUCUUCUGGGCCAAUGAAAGACUACGGAAUGAAG